AUGCAUCCUAAACGCCCACGCGCAGACGAUGACGACGACGACACCGUCGCAUCCGCACCACGACAACAACCACAACCGCGCCCAAAACGGCAGCGCACCGUCCAGCCCACAACCUCCUCGCGCGCCGCCCCAGCGCCAUCACCAGCGCCGCAGCGCGAAGACCUGAUCUCCCAGCUACCCUCCGAGAUCCUCAUCCGCAUCCUCGGCUACCUGUCGCUGCCGCACCUCCUGUCCGUCGCCCCCGUGAGCGCCCGCUUCCGCCGCCUCGCCCACGACAAUCAGUUAUGGAAGGCGCUGUACUAUGCGCGCUUCGUCCUACCGCGCGCCAUGCGCAUCCCGGGUUUCCGGGAGGGCAAGCUUGCUGAGAGGUUAAAGGACCAUAAGCUGCAUUACAAGGGCAAGAGGACGCUAUGGGCUAGCGGGCGUUCCGGCGGGCUGGUCAGGGAUGCAGGGGCGCCCGACGGUUGGAAGAUACGGCUCACUGAGGAGGAGGAAGGGCUCAGCAGGAAGAGCGACAGCGUCAACUGGAAGAGGCAGUUCAAGAUACGCCACAACUGGGCUCGGGGCAAGUGCGCCGUCGAGGAGUUGCGGCUGGGCCCGGAGGCGGAGGACCAAGGCGAGGUCCCAAGCGACGACCCUUUGGACGACCUGGAUGGGAGCAAGAUGCUAGUCAAGGUCGUCGAGGGACUGGCUGUCACGGUAGACAGGACGUCUGGCCUGCGAGCUUGGGACCUCAAGACAAGGGAGGUCGUGGCGCAAGCCAGUCUGGAAGACGACGAGGUGGGAAGCGAACCCGCGCAGCCGAGUUGUAUCGCCAUCGACGACCGGAGCCUCGACCAGGACACGCUGGACGUCUCGGUCGGCUUCGUGGACGGGAGCUUCGGGGUCUGGGCGCUGAGCACGCAGGCCAAGACCAUAUCCCGGAGAUAUCGGCACGAGAAGUCCAGCAAUGGCGAGCUGAUAGGCAUGGCAUAUUCGCACCCCUACCUGUUGACGGCCACGCGAGCCGUGCUGAUAUCACUCUAUACGUUCGACGUGCCACCCAAGACCGUGGACGGUGAGGACGAGCGCGAGGCAGGAGACCCCUCUGCGCAGUGGUCCUCGUCCAAGUUGAAGAGCGCCCUGAGCGAGUACACGGAUGAGGACACAGCCGCCGAAGAGGAACAGGCCCAACUCCCUGCGCCGUACCUCAUGACAUCGCUCAAGUCGUACAGCUCCAGUCCACCCUUGGCGCUGUCAAUAAGGAAGACAGCCAGCGCGACAGUUGCAUCGAUAGCAUACACUUUCUUCACCCGGCACGGCUGGUCCAUCGGCAUCCAGGAUCUCCACAUCACUCCUGACGAAGCCUUGAAGAGUGCUCCCGUAAUAACCACGCGACUCGCCUACACAACCCCGACCACCAUCAGCACGCCGACCCACGCUCUGGGAGCACAGGCUGGCCCCUCACAACUAGUCACGCCGUCUCUGCGAACUUCCGAGUCAAACAUUGGUUCAACCCAACACCACACGUCGCCAUCGUCCUCACCAACACAACGCGACCAUCAUCAUCACCACCACCAAAGCCAAGGCCCCACAACCCUCUGCUACAGCCACCCCUACCUCCUCGCCACACUCCCGGACAACACCCUGAUCCUGCACCUCUGCACCUCCACCGCCUCCGCCCUGUCCAUCUCGCCCGGCAUCCGGCUGUGGGGCCACACCUCGGGCAUAAGCGACGCCGAGAUCACGGCCCGCGGCAAGGCCGUCAGCGUCAGCAGCCGCGGCGACGAGAUGCGCGUCUGGGAGCUCGAGGGCAGGCCCAGCGGCGUGCGCAGCCGGAGCAUCGAGGUCCGCGCCGCCGCCGCUACUCCCCCGCCGCAGGAGAAGGCGGGGGGUGGUGACGGGGCACUUGUGGGCGACUGGGAGGAGAGGAGGAACUGGGUCGGGUUCGAUGACGAGAUGGUCAUUGUCCUCAAGGAGGCGAGGGGUGGGAGGGAGAGCCUUUUGGUGUAUGACUUCACGUAG